UGCACCACGACCCCAUCACCAGUUCACCACACACAGAGUUAUCCUAUUGCUCACCGCACCAAGGCACUCCAUGGCCACCAGGAGCGCAGCCGCCGUCUGGGCUGGUUCUGGUUGGGCAGCACCCCAGCCUUGCCGACCACUAACCGUACGUCGGAGAAAGUUGCCCCGACUACCAUGCUACUUAUCUACCACCUUUCCGCCAUGCCCCGGCAUCUGCACGUCUUCAUCCCACAAGAACAGGGCUCUACCGGCAGCUGCCACGGAGGCCGAAACCGAAGACGAGGUUCUGCUGGAGUCCCCGGGGCACUUCCGCAUCUACAAGUGCGGCAAGAUGGACCGCCUCAACGAACCCACCGUGUCGCCUGCCGGCCUGGACGAGGCUACCGGCGUCACCUCCAGGGACGUCGUCCUCGACGCCGACACCGGCGUCUCCGUGCGCCUCUACCUCCCCAAGCUAAGAGAACCCUCCGAGAAGCUCCCGGUCCUCGUCUACUUCCACGGGGGCGCCUUCCUCAUCGGGUCGGCCGACGACGCCACGUACCACAGCUACGUCAACGCCCUCGCGGCCGCGGCCGGCGUCCUCGUGGUGUCCGCCGACUACCGCCUCGCCCCGGAGCACCCUCUGCCCACGGCCUACGACGACUGCUGGGCCGCGCUCCAGUGGACGGUGGCGCCGUCGACGCAGGACGAGUGGAUCGCGAGGCAUGGCGACACGGCCCGCCUCUUCCUGGCAGGCGACAGCGCCGGCGCCAACAUCGUGCACGAGAUGCUGGUGAGGGCGGCGGCGGCGGCCUCCGGGCCGAGGAUGGAGGGCGCGGUGCUGCUGCACCCGUGGUUCAGCGGGAGCGAGGCGAUCGAGGGGGAGCCUCCGGCGGUGCCCAUGUUCAACGGGAUGAUCUGGUCGUACACGUGCCCGGGCGCGGUGGGCGGCGCGGACGACCCGAGGAUCAACCCGCUGGCGCCCGGCGCGUCGUCGCUGGAGAAGCUGGCGUGCGAGAGGAUGCUGGUGUGCGCGGCGGAGAAGGACGUGCUGGCGAGGAGGAUCCGCGCGUACUACGAGGGCGUGGCCGCGGGCGCGUGCCGGGCGCCGGGCGCCGCGGCGUGGUUCGAGUCGGAAGGCGAGGAUCACGACUUCUUCCUCGGGAAGACCGACUGCGAGCGCGCCAAGCAGCUCCUGGAUCGCGUCGCGGCGUUCAUAGCCGAGGGCUGAGCUCCACCGCAUGAUCUGCCUACGCCGGGCCUGCAUUUCAGGCGACAGCGCGGCAAGUCGCUGACGACCAGGUGUUAACGGCUGUUAACGGCCCCGUCGGCCGUCGGUGGUCAAGGUGGGGGCCCUGCUCACUCACUCUCUCCCUCCCUGCUCGCUCAUUCUCUCCCUCGGUUGCGCCAGCGCCGCCGCCGCGGCCAUUGUUGUCAAUAGAAGUUGAGGAUGCCUUCGUGGAAUGACUUGGAGAGCUCGGACGACGACAUCUCCAUGAUUGGCAUGGAGCAGGAUCUCUUUGUAAGUACAUGUAUCCCCGGAUCUAAGUAUUUGUCAGUGUUAGGUCAUUAAUGUUGCAAUGGUUGAUUCCAUGUAUGUUAUGGUUCAAAUAUUUGCUGGAAACCCCUCACACUGUGGUGGAUCCAUCUUUCUAUGGAUCUGUGACUGAAUCUGAACCAAAAUGCAUGAUCCACACGCA